AAAUUAAUAAUGCAAGUAAAAAUAUAAACAUGGGAGUCCCACAAUCGCCAUUUUGUGCAAAGCCUACCUCUAUUUUCUUCAUUCAUUUUUUAACGAAAAUUUAUCAAUUAUAUAGAUAGAGAUAUUGUUUCAAUGUCGAAUUUUAAUUGGUAGCAUAUUUUUUAAGGGAGAAGUUAGAGAUAGAAGUAUAUAGUGAGUUAAAAACAAUAUUAAAAAUUCCAUUAAAAUAGACAAGGUAUAAUAAAAAUGGUGACGAUGAAUAAUGAAGUCCGCUCUAUUUCAGAUUCCACGUGUGAGGUCAGAAAUGAUGAGAUGUGACACAAGUAUGAUCUUGCAUUAAUUCUAUCCCCAUGUCCUCACAACAACACACAACAAUUAACGGACACAAACACCAAAUCGAACUUCUUGAAUAAAGCAACAAAAUUGUAUAACCAUCACCAACAUAAAUUUUCCAGAAAAUAAACCUUAGACUGAAUUACAAACAAUCAUCCAAAGUAUUAUAGAGAAAAAUGGCAUCAACUAUGUGCAGCAGCAGCUGUUGCUGUUUUGGUUGGAAAAACUACAGUUUUAAACAUUGUUCUAAUCAGAAUCGCAGAAUCCAGCAGAGUAUGUUUAUUGAAACUUGUACUGAUGAUGGACGUGACAAACUUCCUUCUGGAUUGUUCAAAAGGAGAUCAGUAGUUGUACAAACUGGUUUUGGGUUAGUUCCUUUGAUUUCUUCUUUCACAGGUCUUGGAAUUCCUUCAAAUGCUUUGGCUGUUGUCAAACAAGGCCCAUUAGCUGGACGAGUACCCGGGUUGUCUGAACCCGAUGAACAAGGUUGGAGAACAUACCAAAGACCAGAUGACAAAUCUGGAGGUCAUGGAGUUGGAUGGAGUCCGAUCAUUCCUUAUCUUUUCAAAGUGCCUGAUGGUUGGGAAGAGGUUCCUGUUUCUAUUGCGGACUUAGGUGGGACUGAAAUUGAUCUCAGAUUUGCAAACACCAAACAAGGCCGCUUGUUUGUCAUUGUCGCUCCUGUCCGCAGAUUUGCAGACGAACUCGGAGACAAUACCACAAUAGAAGAAAUAGGACCGCCUGAGAAGGUGAUUAACGCGUUUGGACCAGAAGUAAUAGGAGAAAAUGUAGAAGGGAAAGUAUUACGAAUGCAAGUAGCAGAGCAUUCAGGGAGAAAAUAUUACCAGUUUGAGUUGGAACCGCCUCAUGUUUUGAUCACAGCUACUGCAGCUGGAAACCGACUCUAUCUAUUCAGCGUUACUGGAAGUGGUCUUCAAUGGAAGAGAAAUUACCCGGAUCUGAAACGAAUAGCUGAAUCUUUCCGUGUUGUCUGAUUUUACAGUAGGCAAGCAAUUUUCCCACUUCUUUGAAUUCAAACGAUGAUUAUUUAUUAGAUGUAUCAUAAAACUAAGACGAAAAGGUUCAAAUGCUCAAAGCUUGAUUAUAAUACGUGCCUGCAAACGUUGGCAUCGUCUGAGAAACUAGGGUAAAUAAUAAUCACCAGUUCAUUUGUAUUAAUCUGCACAGCGGUGUUGGUCGUGUUUUUGUUUUUAUCCUUGAUCUAUACAGUCUGAAUUUGCACGGAA